CGCUCUGGGCCCGGACGGCACCCGUCCCCGCGGCCUCAGCCCCGGCGAAGGCGGCGGCGGCGGCGGCAUGCGCGUGUGAGAUGCGGCGGCGGCGGCCGGGGCGCGGGCGGAGCAGCGGGCGGGCGCGGCCUCCUCAGCGCGGGGCGCGCGGCGCAGGCGGCCGGGCACGCGGGCGCCGGGCGGCCGGCCGCGCCGCCUCCAGCAGCACCGGUCCAGGACUCGCUCGCCGCGCGGAGGCCCGGCGCCGCCAUGGAGGCCCCGCCGGACCCCGCGCCCCUCGCCGCCGUCCCCCCGGCCCCGCUGCGGGCCCCGGCGGUGGCGCGGCUCCGCCAGGAGCAGGAAAAGGUGGUCGCUGGCUGCCGAGAGAGGAUCCAGCACUGGCAGCGCGUGGAUGACGACUACAGCGCCCUGCAGGAGCGGCUCGGCACCCUGCCCGACAAGCUGUCCUACGACAUCAUGGUGCCCUUUGGCCCCUUCGCCUUCAUGCCGGGAAAACUUGUCCACACGAACGAAGUCACUGUGCUCCUGGGCGACAACUGGUUUGCCAAGUGCUCCGCCAAGCAGGCCGUGGGCUUGGCCGAGCACCGGAAAGGGCAUGUAAGAAAAACAAUAGAUGAUUUAAAAAAAGUGAUGACCAAUUUUGAAUCCAGAGUUGAAUUUACAGAAGAUUUGCAGAAAAUGAGUGACGCUGCAGGUGAUAUUGUUGACAUAAGAGAAGAAAUUAAAAGUGACUUCGAAUUUAAAGCCAAACACCGGAUUGCUCACAAGCCUCACUCCAAACCCAAAGCGGCAGGUGCUUCUGAAGCAGGCUUUGCAAGCGUCGAACCCAAGGAUCUGCUUGCGGACCAGGAGCUGUGGGCUCGGCUGGAGGAGCUGGAGCGCCAGGAGGAGCAGCUGGGCGAGCUGGAGAGUCAGCCUCCUCCUGUGAUGGCGAACGGAGGAGAUGCAGCGUCUUCCGAAGAGGAGGAGGAGGAUGCGGGCAGGUGUGUGAACGGACGCGUGAACGGGACGCAUCCAGCGGCCGAGCCAGCGGCUCCCAGCUGUCGCCCCUCGGACGACCCCGGUGUGGAGGGGUUCCGCGGUCCCAGCUGCACCGUGAACGGCGCUCGUUCCCCGCUCAGCGACGAGGACGAGGACGAGGAUGGUGACGAUGAUGACGCUCUCGGGCCCGGGGCCAGCUGUGUGCCAACCAUCUACUUCUCCCACACGGUGGAACCCAAGCGGGUGCGAAUAAACACUGGGAAGAACACCACCUUGAAGUUCAGUGAGAAGAGGGAGGAGGCCAGACGGAAGCGGAGGAACGGCGGUGGCUGCCACCCCGCCCCGGAGCCGCCCGCCAUCCGGAGCCCGGCCGACGUCUACAGGGUCUUCGUGGACCUGGUGGACGGGGCGUACGUCCCUCGCAAGUCCAUCCUGAAGUCGCGCAGCCGGGAGAACAGCGUGUGCAGCGACACCAGCGAGGGCAGCGCCGCCGACGGCGAGGAGCGCCGCGGGCUGCUGCGGAGCCUGAGCGGCGAGGAGGCCGCGGGCAGCGACGCCGGCGAGAGCAUCCCGGAGGAGGAGCCGGAGCCGGAGCCGGAGCCGGAGCCGGAGCCGCAGCCGCUGCCGCAGCCGCAGCCGCAGCCGCAGCCGCCCGCGUCCGGAGCGCUCCAGGCUUUUUCUGGAACGGUGACAGAGAAGGAAUUGCCGCCCUGCCUCGCCCCGCACCCGGCCGCGGCCCACCCUGUGCUGGCCACCAUCCCUGAGCGGAGAGAAGCCCCGUCAGAGGGGUCGGAGGUCACCAAGCGGGUGUCCAAGUUCAAAGCCGCCAGGCUGCUGCAGCGGAGCUAGGCGGCCCACGACCUAUCAGCUAACGGCUCUCGGAGACAGUGAGGCGCCCGAGUCAGUGGAAGCGGCUUCUGUCCUGGUGGAGAGGGUCUGAGCGAGCCCAGGACUCCCAGCGGCUUGCUCGUCCUCGGCACCGGCACUGCUGCUGCCCCUGAGGCCGCAGCUCUGGAUCGCCUCAGAGAGGAUGUCCUGGCUGGUGGUGGUUGAACUACACGCUCAGCUCCGCCCCGCUGCGGUGCGCACACCACGGGGACACGAAACAAACGCAGCGUUCCGGGAGAGCCAGCGCUUCUGUUCCUGCCUCAGCCUGGGAAAGGCCUUCCAGAACCUUCCAGGGGUUCUGCAGCGAGGUGCCCUUUGACCCCGGGACUGCGCUGUCCUCGGCAGAUGCUCCCCUGGCCUGUGGGCAGGUUUCUUGGUCAGAAGAAUGGGAUUUUGUAAAACUUUUUUUUUUUUUUAAAGUAAAAGUUUUAUGAAACUUGGUCUC